AUUGCUCCGCCUAUGUUAUUUGUGUUGCCGUUGAUGGUAAAGAACAAGUGUUUCAUUCUGUAACCUGGCCUCCGCUGACUCGUUUCUGCCGGUCGUGCCUGCUGCGGUCGUGAAACAGUACCAGUUUAUCCAAAGAUUGAUCUUUGCCUUCAGUUUGCAUUUGUGGCUAGUUUAACUGACCGACAUUUAAGUAUGAAUAUCUGCAACGAGUUCAUUUCCCCUAUGCACCAGUGCGAUCUCUCCUUGUCUUUGUCCUUUCCUCUCUACGAGAUGGCAUCGACUCUUACGCUCGAACGCCUCUGCGAAUUGCAGAUCACCGUGUCAUCUGAUUCGGACUUGAACUUCCUUGAUGGAAUCGCUCAGAAGUGGAAUUUGCCACGCCUUCGUCGUUCAACGGUUUAUGAAUUACUAGAGCCAUCUCUUUGGAUCCCAUAUUACAUCAACUUUAUGGAUGCCUACGGAAAACACUUGUCGACACUUUCCAUCUGUGCUCAGAACAUGUUCAGAUAUGUCCAGACCGCUGUCCCAAUCUGGAGCACCUUGCAUCACCUCUCGCCAGCCUUCAAUCUUCUGGAUAUGGCAUAUGUUCAGAUGUUCCUGGGACACUGUUUCGGUCUGAAGUGUCAUGCAUCAUUUUCACACAUACAUGGGAGAACCUUCCCGACUCGGUACAGCACCGCGAGACCUUGCACUGGGGUUUUCCAAGAGUCGACGUAUAGUGUGAUGCAGGGCUCAUAUGCAGGCGGGAGUACUAAGUACGUCAUGUCUUUUGUUGCGGCUAGUGAUGGUCGUGAAUCAUUGUGAGGCAUAGACAAUAUCAAUAGCGGUGUCGACCCAAUGUCAGAGAAAUGAGACUCCGAUAGUGGUGGUGGGACUUUCAGAAGCUUCUCCUCGUUAUCAUAUUCAGUAUGUGACAGCGAAGGAAAUUUGGAAACACUCAAUCUCCUGCCUUUUUGUUAUGAUGCUCCUGGGGACGUUCUC